AUGUCUCAGAAUCAACGAGAGGCUUGGGAGCGAUUGCAGCUCAUGCUGCAGAAGCGCAAGGGUAGUGUUGGUGGUGGCGGCCGCGGUGGUAUGGGCUUGGCCGGUCUUAUCCUGCUCGGAGUCGGCACUUGGGCAGUCUCGAAUUCGCUCUUCAACGUCGACGGUGGUCACCGUGCUAUCAAGUACUCGAGGGUCAGUGGUGUGAAGAAGGAAAUCUACAACGAAGGAACCCACAUUCGUAUCCCCUGGUUGGAGACUCCCAUUAUCUACGAUGUCCGCGCCAAACCGCGCAACAUUGCCUCCUUGACCGGUACCAAGGACUUGCAGAUGGUCAACAUCACUUGCCGUGUCCUGUCCCGGCCCCGCGUGGACGCUCUGCCUCAGAUCUACCGCACUCUGGGUCAAGAUUUCGAUGAGCGUGUGCUGCCCUCAAUUGUCAACGAGGUGCUGAAGAGCGUUGUAGCUCAGUUCAACGCCAGCCAGUUGAUCACUCAGCGUGAAAAUGUUGCCCGUCUGGUCCGCGAGAAUCUGGCCCGUCGUGCCGCACGCUUCAACAUUGCUCUUGACGAUGUUUCCUUGACCCACCUGACCUUCUCUCCCGAAUUCACCGCUGCUGUCGAAGCCAAGCAAGUGGCACAGCAAGACGCCCAGCGUGCGGCUUUCAUGGUCGACAAGGCUCGCCAGGAGAAGCAGGCUUUCAUCGUGCGCGCACAAGGUGAGGCUCGUUCUGCGGAGCUGAUCGGAGAUGCGAUCAAAAAGAGCAAGAGCUACAUCGAGCUGCGCAAGAUCGAGAACGCUCGUGCGAUUGCCCAGGUCUUGCAGGAGAGCGGUGGCAAGAACAAGCUCUACUUGGAUACCCAGGGCUUGGGGCUGAACGUCAACGCAGGCAACGAGGAGGGCAAAUAA